CGAGCCCAACCCUGGCUAUCCUGCCAUUGUUUUGGGCAUUAUGGACCUUCGUGGGUGUCCUUACCACCUUCACCAUGACCAUCGCACAAGGCCAUUACCGGACAGGGGUCAUCAGCAUCAGAUAAAUUGAUCCAAAGAUGUUCAAACUGUGGCGAGUCUGUUUCACGUGUAUAUUGAUUAUCCAGGCUCAUUGUCUUAAUGCUGCCAUGGGAAACAAUGGGGCUGUGCUUCGAGUAUCUAAAGGAGCGCUAAAUAAUGCUGUCUCAGGCCAAAUGAAAGGAAGAAAUUCGCAGAACAAUUUGAACAUGCCGGCCAUGGGUAGUGGUGGUGGUGACCCUCUUGGGGGUGUGGUUGGUGGGCUGCUUGGUGGUGGAGGAGGUGGAGGUCUUCUGGGUGGUGUCCUGGGAGGUGGAAAAGGAGGUGGUUUGUUAGGAGGUGUACUUGGAGGAGGAGAGGGUGGCGGAGGUGGACUUCUUGGUGGGAUUCUUGGUGGUGGUGGGGGUGGUGGAGGAGGAGGAGGUGGUGGUGGCCUUCUUGGUGGGAUUCUUGGAGGUGGUGGUGGUGGAGGUGGUGGUGGAGGAGGUGGCCUUCUUGGUGGCAUUCUUGGGGGUGGUGGUGGUGGGCUACUUGGUGGCCUUCUUGGGGGGGGGGGUGGUGGUGGAGGAGGUCCUCCUGGUUAUGCAGAUCCUCAUAUUAAUGGUGGCAUCCUAGGAAAUGGUGGUCUGCUUGGUGGACUGCUUGGAGGAGGAGGACUUCUUGGAAUACUUGGCAAUGGAGGACUUCUCGGCACAAUACAGGGUAUAACUGGACUAAAAAUUAUAGACCUUACACUUCCACAAGUAUCUUUGCAUCUUUUGCCGGGUAUUGGAGUUCAUCUCAACCUCUACACAAAAGUGGCUAUCAAUGGUAACAGCCUUCUAGGAUUUCUUGACAUCUUGGUGGAAGUAAACAUUACGGCAAGGACCAGACUGACCCAGGAGACAUCAGGAGUUCCCCGGUUGGUCAUUGAAGAUUGCCAAGCUCUACUUGGUGGGAUAAACAUAAGGCUACUAAGAGGACUACUAUCGGGGAUUCUGGAUGGGCUUCUCACCAACCUUCUUCGAAAUAUUUUACCGGGAGUGUUGUGUCCGGUGGUGAACAUAGUGCUAGACUUGGUCAAUGGCCUCCUCCUCACUGUGAACUCGCUGGUUCCCCUCGGGUUAAUAGGCAGUAUUCAGUAUACGGUAUCAAGUCUUCCAUUAGUCACUGGACAGUUCAUUGAAUUGGAUUUAAAUACAGUGGUGAGUCAGCUGGGUGGUGGCCUCAUUGACUACCCUCUUGGCAACAGUGAGCGCAUUUCUUUGCCACCAAUGAAAGAAGCCUCUGAAUCCCAACUUGGUCUCUCUGCCAAUUUCCUGGGAUGUGUUUUGACUGCUCUGCAAAAAGAAGGUCUGAUGGACCUUGAAAUAACAAACGGAGAUGUCCCUGGAGUUCCACCACUUACUACAACUGUUCUCGGGGGAGUCAUUCCAAAGGUGGCUGCAAUGUAUAGACAAGAAAGGCCGCUCCUCUUAAAGAUUACUGUUCCCAGACCUCCAGUUGUUAAACUACAGAACAAGAAAGGUCUUGUGAUAUUAUUUGUUAAAACAGAAAUCCUGGUCUCCAACCCGGACUCCUCGCUGACCUCACUCUGUGUCCUUGGCGUGGACGCACAGUUAGAAGCUCGGUUUUCUGUAGCAGGAGAUAAACUGAAGAUCUCAAUGUCUGUGGAGAGCACGCAUGUAUCUGUAGUCUCCAGUUCAAUUGGGAAAUUUGAUGUUUCUGUACUAGAGGGAUUAGUGGGUAACUUAAUCAACCUUGCAUUCCUGCCAUCGAUAAACACCAUUGUUGGCAAUGGAAUACCGUUACCGAGGCUGAUGAACAUAGACUUUAGCGAUGCCGACAUUGAUAUCCUGGAUGAUCUUGUUGUAUUAAACGCGUGAAUAAGAUAUGAACUAUGGGCAAUAAAUAAUACCAAUGGUGAUUGACAGUCAUCCACAAAAAAUACCAUGUGCCCUGUAAAAACCAACUAUUUCUCUGCCGGAUGAAUGAAUAAAGACUGUUUAAGAAUUCCAUCAAUAAAGAACCUACAGUCUAUAGACUGAGAUAUGUUAUUUCUUAAUAAUUAACCCCGAUCGCUCCUUGGUUGGGUAGCGUUAAUGGGCCCGCGUCACACCACAUCCGUCACACCCCCUCCCAUAGACAUGAAUGGAGAGGGCAUGGCGUGACUUCACGAGAGGGGACUGCUUUCGUGCUGGGGACUGAUUCUUUAUCCCCUGAGGAAGUCACCUCGUAUGACAGAAAUGCGUCGGGACAGUGUAACAGCCCCACCAGCACAGAGCAUCAUUGACCUUAGUUUAUCAACCCAUUCUUG